AUGAAAAACCUCUCCCAGGUGAUCCGAGAAGCAGGCCUCUACAACCACAUGAUCCCCGUGGAAUACCGCGACUUCGACGACCGGAUGCUCCAGCGACUCAUCGCCCAGUCGAUCGACUGCGAGCAGAAGAUCGCGUACGGGUGCGUGGAGGCGCCGCUCGACCUCGGGACCGCGACCUGGUUCACCUCGGCUCAGCGGAACAAGGUCAAUGCGUUGAGGAACGACGGGUACGGGUGUCCUUGCCACGGCAACAACUGCGCCCCCGACGACGGCUUCUGCUCCUGCGACUCCAGCUCCCCCCUCCCCGAAACGGACUGGACCAUCCUGAACCGAACCCGAAACGUGGGCAUCACCGAGAUCUACGCCUUGAACGACCCCGCCCAGAAAGAAACGGCCAAGGGCGACGUCAGCCUCGGUCCCCUCAUCUGUCAUCAACACGAGAGAGAAGAGGAGUGGGUGACAUUCUCCUCCCAGCAGAGUUUCCUCCCGAUCUCGAAGCAGUCGAUCAACCGGCUCCGACUGAGUUUCCGGACGGACCAGGAGCAAGGGAUCCUCCUCUCGCUCCCCUUCCCCAGCGAGGAGGAGCAGGCCUUCAUUCUGGGCCUCACAUCCGCGCGGCAUCAAAUACUUUUCAAUAAAAUACCGGUAAUUCCUGAGCACCUCCUGAGCACCUCCGCCCUCACCCCCCAAGGCACCACCCUCUCCCUGAACUACCCCGGCGGCAGCGAGAGCAUCGAGUCCCCGGAGACGCUCUCGGACGGGAGGGAGCACGUGCUCUGGCUGGACUUCGGGGGGGACCAGGUCCGACUCACGGUCGGGCUCCAGCUGCCCCGGAUCUUCAAUGUUUCGAGGGGGCUUCCCACCUUCUUCGAUCAGGUCUUCCUCGGGGGC